GAAAAGCGUCAUUAGUUACAGAGGUUGUUUUCCGGUUGCUUUGACGAGGCAUCCAUCCAUCGGGGGACGAAAGGAUCAUUUUACAGAGAGAGAAGAUAUUCUGUGGUAUCCUGCCAACAUAAAGAUGACUGCAGGUUCAAUUGUGGCACCACAAAUCAUACCUUUAAGAGUCCCCAUCCCUGGGAGGGCAAAAAGUCAGAUUGACAGCAAUACACCAAUUGAAAUAAAAUCAGAUACGCCAGAUGUCACUAUCUACUACACUUUGGAUGGCACUAAACCCGAGGCAACAAAGAGACCAGGCUAUGGAGAAAACAGCACUGUGAAAUACCAGAACCCAAUUACACUGCCUGAUGGAAAAGUAGUAGUUAAGGCCUUGGCUGUCACCAGUGACGGCAGGGAAAGUGCAGUUGUCACCAAGUGCUUUCUUGUGGAGUAUGUGGAACCUGAACCCCUUUCUCUAGAAGAUGAUGAAGAAAACUUCCUCAAGGAUUAUGCAAAACAGAUUCAGGACUACCAAGAAAACCUUGAUGCCAGUGGACGGCAGAGAAAGAUGAACAGGGGAAUAGAAAUGGCUUGGAAUGAGACAGCGCGGAAAUAUCAAGCUUUGAAGGUGACUGCAAGUAGCACCCCCAAGACCCCCAAGGGCCCCCGUUUCCUUAACAGUCGGCUUGGUACACCUUCUCAAAGCCAAGACAUAACGUCAGUCCUUCACACACAGAGGUCACAGACUGCAACUUCUGGAGAUGCUUCUCGGAAACUGUUAACAAGCACGCAGAUUCUGAGAAUCCAGAGAGAAACCGAUUUCCUCAGGUGUGCACAUUGCCUGGCUCCUCGUCCCACAGACCCCUUUGCCCGUUUCUGCCAAGAAUGUGGUUCGCCGAUGCCACCUGUUCCAGGGCAGAGACUGCCACCUCCUGAAGGAGCCCAGCUGGGUCUGUGUAUUGAAUGCAAGACAAUGGUGCCGGUGAAUACACCUACUUGUAUUGUUUGUGAAGCUCCCAUCCCUCCUCAGCUGCAGCCACAAGCGAGCAUCCGGCUGAAGGACAAGAUCAUAUGUAGUUCUUGUGGAACAGGAAAUCCUAAUAACCUCCAAUUUUGUGUCAUCUGUGAGAAGAAGUUAGAUGAAUCACAAUCACAUCCUGUAUUCUGUGGAGAAUCUGCUCCUCCUGUGCCCAGCUCAGACAACAAGAUGGUGUCCUGCUCCAAGUGUGGCCGUAUCAACUCUGGCAGUGCCCGCUUCUGUGACUGGUGUGGCUCCAGGGCUGCUCCUCCCGUGAGCUACAUGACUUGCUCCAAGUGUGGGGCCAAUGCUCAUCCCUAUGCCCACUACUGCAGCUCAUGUGGAGUGUAUUUGGAGGCACCCCCCAGGGUGAACACUCAGAAUGGCAUGACCUUCAGCUCAGCUCUCGCCCAGACAGAGACAUUGGAGCAGCAGGACAGCACUGGCAACUGGCAACCUCUGACAAUUCAACUGCCAGAUCCCAAAGGGGGGCAGACAAAGAAAGUGAGCCAACAGACCCAAACUGUGGGACUUUUUUACCCAUCAUGCAAAACACUUGAAAAAAGAGAAGAUGAGGUGGUUCAGCAGAAGGAAAAGUUGGAACAGAUGAGCGACCGCAAGCCUCUCCUCACAGCGAUCAGUCCCGGCCGAGGAUACUGGAGAAAACAAGUGGAUCAUAUCUGCGCUCAUUUUAGAUGCUACGCUCAGAACAACACUGAGUUUCGAGCUCUGAUUGGGGAGCCUCGUCUGGGUAAGAUGAUAUCUGCAACUGUCCAUGAAGAUAAUUAUGAACUUAGUCUACGGAUAAAUUUUGUCCUGGCUGGAAAUAAGGGCUUCUUGGGAGGAAAACCAGCCAAGCUGUCGGAGAAUAACUUCUUGAGCAGUGUGACUGAGGGAAGAAACGGUCUAUACAGCAGUCAAAGCAGUCUUGUAAGUGAGAACAGCGAGACGGCUAGCACCAGGAAGAAAAAGAAGGCAAAGAAGACAAGAAAGAUACUGGAGAGAGAAGAUAAAUUACCACCCGAGGACAGGCAGCUUCUUAAAGAAGUGGGUCCUGAUGGCAAGGGAAGAAUCUCAGUUGUGGAGGAGCUACUAGAUGAAGGUGCAGAUCCCAACUGCAUGAACAAUGAUAACCGCCCUGUUUUAACAGUAGCUGUGCUUGGUCAACAUCAUGAAGUCAUUCCUGUUCUUAUCCAGAAAGGUGCAGACAUUGAUCAGCAGUCUGGACUAGUAAGUAAUACUGCUCUACAUGAAGCGGCUGCUUUAGGAAACCAGGGCCUGGAAUGCACUGAAACUUUACUUGGGUGCAAUGCAAGUAUCAAAAAGAAGAACGACAAAGGACUAACAGCAUACGACUUGGCUGUGAAGACCGGCAGUGACAAGCUUAUUUCUUUGUUUGCUUCACAAAUGGGCCAGGGAAUGCUAAACAGACUUUCCAAAAAUCAAAAGUGAUAAUAUAGGUAGCUCAUGGUGAUUUUUGUAUUUUUGAGGUAAUGAAAAUUAUUUUACAGGAGCUUAUGUGUAAAUUUUCUUCUCCAAGUGAAACAAUAAUGUAACAACCAUGACAUAUCUGCUUAAACCAUCAGUAAUGACUCAAGAAUGGCAGUUAUUGAUUGUCUAGAACUAAACCGUUUUACCUUGUAAUUUUUCUGAGAUUUGUUGUUAAUGAGGUCUGGCCAAUUAGCCCUUCAUACUUUUCAAUUUUUUCUUCUGGGGAGCACUAUUAUUCUCUUCCAGUUAUCCAAAGUCAUGCUGGAAUCAUGAAACAAGAACUUCUGUAGUUGUCCCCCUGUGUUCAAAUUUAAAACAAAAACAACCUCACAUGAUUUUUCAGUUUUCCAUUUUGUGAGCAAAAAAAAAAAAA